CUUGUGUGAUCUCUUCUGUCAAGAUCGCAUAUAUAGCACUGAGAAAGAAGAAAAGAUGUCCGACUUGCAGGCAAACGUGUCUAGCCUUCCGGAGCAAAACAUUUCGGAUGGGAAUCAACCCGAUCAGCUAGAACCGAGCGCAUCCACAGAUGUGGUUCAACAGCAAGAAGGUACAGAUGGUGUACAGAUACCUGAACACUCAACCACGCUGGCAAAUGCUCAAACGGAUGCAGAUAAGCAACAUGAAAGUGUGGCAAAUGAAGUUGUACCAGAGCAAUCAAGUGUCACAGUGAAACAAGAAGAACCGCAGAAGCAAGCUCCAACAGCACAAACUACAUCAAAUGAAGAAGCAGAGGAAGGCGAACUUGAGCAAAAUGGUUCCGCCGAUGUUCUAGAAGCUGCAGCAUUAGAGUCUCAAUUGGAUGGUGACAAGCAGGCUCCAAUAGCACAAGUUACAUCAAAUGAAGAAGCUGGGAAAGGUGGACUUGAGCAACAAGGUCCCGCCGAUGUUCUAGAAGCUGCAGCAUUAGAGCCUCAAUCGGAUGGUGACAAGCAAGCUCCAAUAGUGCAAGCUACAUCAAAUGAAGAAGCAGAGAAAGGUGAAGUUGAGCAACAAGGUCCCGUCGAUGUUCUAGAAGCUGCACCAUCAAAGUUUCAAUCGGAUGGCGACAAGCAAGCUCCAAUGGCACAAGUGACGUCAAAUGAAGAAGGAGAGGAAAGUGAAUUUGUGCAACAAGGUCCCGCCGAUGCUCAAGAAGCUGCAGCGUUAGAGUCUCAAACGGAUGGCGACAUUCAUCUGAAUGGUCAUGCUGCUGGGCCUUCUGGACGUGCCGCCCCAAGUGUACGACAAGAUGAGAUGUCACGAAUUCGGAAAGAGAAUGAAGAUAUGCGGUUGCUAUGGCUUUCUCUACCCUCUCACGAUCACCCUUCGUAUUAUUCGGACACAGACGAAGAGAAUGCCAGCAGUGGUAGUAGUUGUGCUGCAGACGUUCUUUUGCCAAGGAGUGUGGCAGGACGGGCACCCUACUUGAACGGCGAUAGGGUAGGAGAGCACUCUUUGCGGCAAAAGCGAAAGCAAGAUCAAUGGCCUGAUGACGAUAGAGAUGAUGAAUCGGAUUUGAAUGAAGAAGAAGACGCUGGAAGGGACGUCAGCCAACAUGAGAAGCAAUAUCGAAUCGGCAAUCGUGGAAAUAAGCUAAAGAAGAAUUCCAGAUGGGUCCGCAAACACAAGUUAGGAACAGCCACCGAUGCAAGAAACGAGAAAGAUAUCACUGAACGCUUCACUGAUCGAUUAAAGGCUUUACAAAGAACACAGGUAGAAUCAAUGCUCAACAAUGCUCCAGGUCCAUCACUGUUACCGAUCGAAGCGGAUAUGCUGGACGGCAGCGAUCGAUUGCUGUUGAAAGAUCUUCACACUCAACCGUUCAUAGAGGAGACUUCGAUCUUACUUGCACCUCAACUGCUUAGGCCGAUCUUGUCUACCCGUGCCCUCUUGCAGAGUCAUACACUCCGUCAUACUUUCCGAAAUCCCCACAUUGGCGCUCUUUCGAGAACAGCUUUGGAUUUACGAGAAAGCGAGAGUCAAAUCAGUCGAUCGCUUACACGUUGUUUAAAGGCGAUGGAGGAAAGGAUACCGAACAGGGAGCUAGCUCUGGUCAAUGGAGAUAGUACGCACCUCAAUGGUAUCCUUCCCGGCCAAACAGACGGUAUGUCAAAUACUAGAAGCUUGGACAAAGAGAUGGAAAUUGAUCCACAUGCAGUCGGUGUUGAAGGUACACAAGGCACUGACGAUGAACUCAAUCCUUCCUUUGCACAAUUGGACCGAUUGUUUGUCACAAAAGAAGGUUUACCGAUCCCAUUUGGCGGUCAAGCCGGUGAAGAUGGAGAGAUUGAAAUGGCAAGACAAGGUUUGAAUGGCACUGAACAACAGACCAUCUUGACUGCUGAUCAACAACGUGAAGUGAUUCGAGCCGCACUUGAAUGCUUACACGAAUUAGGAGGAGAUUCGUUGGAGUACGUUGAACGUUUGGAAGAAGUCCGAUCAAGGCUGGCAGCUGUGAAGCAAAAGAGACUUAAAGUUUGGAAUGCAUUGAGGAUCUGGGCUUUGAAGCGAGAAGGUGACGAUUUUGAGAAUGAUAUUAGACAUGGUGCAAACGAGAACGAUGCUUUAACAGAAGCUGCUGCUGCUGUUGCUACCAACGCAACGUCUUCAUCUAACUCUCGUCCUGGUACAUCCGGGCAAGCAAAGACAAACGCUCCAGCGAGCGGCACAAAGAGACGAAGAGUGGCUGCUUGAGGAGAGAUGGCGCUACUACACCAAACCAGAAAGGGACGUCAGAUGUAUCCCAGUAGAAAGGAGCGUCAGAUAUAUCCCAAUAGACAGGAAUGCCAGAGAUGUCCCCAACAGAGUGAAACGUUAGAGGUAUCCCAUCAGAAAAGAGCAUCAGAGAUAUCCUAUCAGAAAGGAUCGUCGGAGAUGUCACAUAAGAAAGGAUCAUCAGAGGUAUCCCAUCAGAAAGGAUCGGUGGAGGUAUUUCAUUGGGAAAAAUCGUCAGAGGUGUCACACAAGAAAGAUUCGUCAGAGGUAUCACAGCAGAAGGCACCGUCAGAGAUACCACAUCAGAAAGGAUCGGGAGAGGUGUCACAUCAGAAAGGAGCGUCAGAGAUAUUCCAUCAGAAGGCACCGUCAGAAAUACCACAUUAG